AUGCGAAAUGUACGGGACAAGGCAAUUGUAACGGCGACUUCCUUCACCGAUUUUGAAGUGAACAAAGAGGCCGAGCGAGGCCGAUUUGGGCGGGAGUCCCCGAGUGAAUAUCACCCUCGUGGACCAGCGGUUCCUUCGGACGGUCGGGGAGAGGAUGUGCAGGGGAACAAGACGAUCGAAGGGGAAUGGAAGGAUGGAAAUGCCGGGGAUUCGUUGAACCAUGGUUCAGUCCAUCAGUGGUCGAGUAGAUCGAUGGGAUGA